CAACCACCGGACAACCUGUAUGUACAGCACGCCCAUUUCGGUAAGAUAUUACCACAUAUUGCUAUAUAUUGACAGGCCACUCUAAUUGAUUCGGCCAGACUAUGUCUCGAGAAGCGGUAAAGGCGGCAACAUCCGCCGCGAAUGCCAUCUCAGUCCACAAGAAAUAUACAGUUCAGUCAACAGGAAUCUGGGAACGCCUCCGACGAGUUCUAGCUAUCGAUGCCAACCGGUCUACCGGUGUUCCUCUCAACCCUCAAUUUCGCAACCCUACUCCGGGCGCCCUUCCCCCAUUAUCUUAUGAUGACCCUGUCACCGUUCCAGCCGCUGACAUCGCUGAUAACCCGUACUGGAAACGCGACGCCAGAAGAAACUAUCCAAAACUGAGCGUUGUCAACCAAGGUGACGCGGUAGGAUUGUUGACAGUAGGCAGCAAACAAGCGCCGAAAGAAGACAUUCUUCAAAUCGGAGAAGCGGGAGAGAAGCAACUGGUUAGCAUCAAGCAAGAGGGAGAAGAUCGAGGCCUUGCAGCCAUCUUUGAAAAGGACAAGAGUAACGUGCAAGGUGUUCUGGGGUCUGAUGGUCUUCCGCCACUUCCUACCAAACUCAACACAUCGUCAGAGUAUCAAUUGGGCUCUGGUCAAGGCUACCCAGAAAAGUACCCUUGCCGUACUUUCGUUUAGUACUGACCAAUGUCAAACCACCAACGUCUUUCUCAUUUAAAACGCUUGUUUCUUGAUCGCUAUCUUGUUAAUUCAUGUACAUUCUGUCGCGUAUUGAUACUGCGGUAGGAGUUACUUUUUAGACUGCAAUCCACAAGCUCUGUAUAAAUCAAUGCCCAUUUUCUCUACCACUCCACGCAUUGUUCGGAAUGUUCAUACCAAAAAUUCUCGAUCUCUCAUUGCACGGAUUUUGCUUCUAUUAGAAAUACGUUCAUUAUUAAGAUGAGAUUGCUAGAAAUUAGUAGCUUGCUUUUGCAAGUAAUUAUUAUUCAGUGGGGCG